AUGCUGGACGCGGCAGUAUGCGGGCCGCCAGCCGAGCGCGAGGAGCUGCACGAUCAACUAGCAGCCCCGCAUCCAUCCCCACCAGAAGGCUUGGUGUCGGCUGGGUAUUCCCGGACUCAGCAAGCGGCACCCGCGGCUGGUGGAGCACGUCGCAUGCGUUCGACAAAAACUAUGAACGAAAACGCAUUGCGGGCGUACUAUAGGGCGAAAGGGAAAGAAACUGCGGAGAUAGCGUAUAGGGCUCGGAUACAUUGCUUUUUUGCUGAGCUGGAGCCGUCUAUUCCCGUCACGCAACAAAACCGGGCAGACCGAGUUCGGUACAUCAUGCGCUCGAAAAUAUUUGAUGAUGCCGAACUCGUAUGA